UAUUAUAGUUUUACAGACUUUACCAUCACAUGGCCUCCGUCAACUCUCUCACAGAUCUCCCUCUCCUCCAUUUCUUACAAAACUCACAGCUCCCAACAUUAUUAACUCUUUAUCUAUCGGAGCAGAAUCCAUGGCCGCCGCCGCCCCUUCUUCCUGUAUUGGCACCACCCUUCUUCUCAACACCACCACCAAUUCCCGCAGUACUGAUCUCAAAUAUUCACCCCCAUUGACUCUCCACAGUGAAGGGCACUGCUCCGUUCUUCGCCGGAGUAGUUAUUUGCAAAGAUCUUCGGCUCUGAGAAGAUCAGUAAACAGCCCAUCAUCAUACAAGUGUUCGGUAGUGAGGAAUGCUACGCCGGAAGCAGCCGGAGAUCUUCUCUCAUCUCUUGCUGGAAUACCAGACAUCUCCCUCCUCGGAGACAAUCCAUGGUUAGCUGGGGCUGGGGCUGCUGGGCUGUCUGCAGCAGUGCCUUUGACUGUGCAAAGGCUGUUAAAAUUAAGAAAGUGGGUUAAUACCGCGGUAGAGCCGGUGGAAGUGGUAGCGGAGGUGCCGCCGCAACCAGCUCAGAAAGUUGAAGAAUUGAUGGAGAAGGUGAAAGAACUGGACGAGAAGCUGGAGGCUUUACUCAACAAACACUCCAAUUCGACUAACAUAUCUGUAAACAUUAAUUGUUUUGGCAAUUCCGAACGCCUACAAUGAGAAGCCAAAAAUAUCAGUUUGAGCUUCUAGUGAACGGAAAAAUAUUAUUUCUAGGAACAACGAACACACCGCCUUUCCAUGAAUUUGGUGUAAUUAUAUAUAAAUAAUUUUAUGUAGUUAUACGAAAAUUUCAUGUGAUCGGAGAAUUUAA